ACUUCCCUGUCGAUCUCCCUCACAGUACAUGACCAGCUUGCCAUUAGUAAAUGUUUGAUGUCUAAAGGGAAGUGAAACAAAAACAGCACAAAAAGCAGAACUUCUGUCUGUAGCAGUAUUUAAAUUGGAUCAUCAGUUUCAGUACAGAGCAACCCGUCAACGCUACAGCAGACGUCUGAAAGAUGGAGCUGUCAAGCUGGUUACUGGCUCUUUAUAUGACGUGCUUCCUUCCGUCUGUUAUUCUGGACAUGAAGAGAGUCACAAUAAAUGAUUCAUCUCAAAACCUCACCUCCGUACCAACUGACCUCGGAUCAUCCACUGAAGAUCUGGAUCUGUCUGUGAAUCAAAUCCAGUCACUGAAGAGCCAAGACUUCAACAAAACGCCCAGACUUCAUCUCUUAAAUGUGUCUUGGAACAUAAUAGAGCAUAUAGAUGUCUACACAUUCAACUCUACACCUGCUUUGGAGAUUCUGGAUUUGUCUCACAACAAACUCCAAAACCUUUCUAAUCAACACUUUUUGCUGCAUGCAGGACAUCUGCAGUUCCUAGACCUGUCGUCUAACAUGUUUUCUGUUAUGGCCCUUGGGAGGGAAUUCGUGACUCUUAAACACCUGCAGUGGCUUGGCUUGAGUGCUGAAGAAGUCAGCAUAUCAGACUUCGCAAACAUCGCUAAUCUUACCCUCAAAACGUUCUUUGUUAAUGCCGGUGGGAUGAAAGCAUAUAAGGAGAGCAGUCUAAUGGGUGUCCAUGCGGAGAAGGCUAUCAUCGCUUUGUCCAUGUCAAACAGGACACUUGCCAAUCAAAUAGCAUCUGAUGCCUUCAAGUACUUUAAGGAGUUGGAAUUCACUAACAUCAAUAAUGAUAUGAUGUUCCUUCAAGAGCUGCACCACAGAGGGUCUCUCCGUACAGUCAACUUGGGAAUCUCAAAAUUGAAAGGCAGCUGGAAAGUUCUGACAGGUUGCGUGAACACAGUGUUGAUAUCUUCAGUUCAAAAGCUCUCUUUGUCUGAUAUUACGAUCAAUUUAAUGAGAGGUCGAGCUGAGGUGACUCUAGGUCACGUGCUAGAGUCCUUUUCUUUAAAAAAAGCAGCUGUAACUUCUUUCAUCUUUGAUCAAAAAGAGCUUUAUGACUUCUUCAUCAACAUUCCUGCAAGGAAUUUCAGCGUAACACAAACCCCCAUCAUUCACAUCACCUGUCCUGCAUCAGUCAGCGAGAUAAGGGUGUUAGACUUGUCUGAUUGCGCCCUAACUGAGAAAGUCUUCUUCACCGAACCAGAUACAGAAUGUGAUACACUGACAGGCCUGGAAAAGAUUCUUCUGAAGGGUAAUAACCUCAGACACCUUAGACCACUGACAUCAAGAAUUCAUCUGAUGAAAUCCCUGCAGUAUGUUGACUUCAGCCAGAACUCACUCACAUAUACAGAGGAACAAGGCAGGUGUGUCUGGCCUCCAAAAAUUACCCAUCUAGAUUUAUCAUCUAAUGGGUUCGACCAGAACGUGUUCAAGUGUUUGCCCAUUUCCAUCAGGAUCCUAAACCUCCAAAAUAACCAAGUAAGCGCAGUGCCUGCAGAUGUUCCACUUUUGGAUCAUCUGAGUGUGCUGGACCUAACAGCUAACCGUUUAUUGGAUCUCCCCCUGUGUCAAGCAUUCCCAAACUUGCAGAAGCUUGUAAUAAGAUCAAAUUCCCUUCAUGCACCCGUACCAGAAGCCUUCGAGACUUGUCCACAUCUCAAAGCUCUCGAUGCAAGUCACAACCCUUACAUUUGCACUUGUGCUCUGCGUGAAUUCAAUGCCCUGAUCGACGGCCAAGGACACAAACUUCCGGAUCUUAUUCUGGAGCACUGGCCAGGCGGCUACCAGUGCAGUUAUCCGGAAUCCUGGAGGAACACCACCUUGCAAAAUUUCUACCUUCCUGAGAUCUCCUGCAAAGCUUGGCUUUUAUCAAUUACUAUUUUAAUCCCAACCAUAACUUUGGUCAUUGCCGUCACUCUUCUUUGCAAUAAGCUGGACGCCCCGUGGUACAUCAAGAUGAUUUGGAAGUGGACUCGUGCCAAGCAUCACGCGAUCCUAUCGCAGGACAGAGCAGAGGACAUGGAAGGGGUGUGCUUUCACGCUUUUUUAUCGUACAGCCAAAGAAACGCUGAGUGGGUCAAAGGUCAACUACUGCCCAAGCUGGAGGGCAGCGGGCUGCGAGUGUGUCACCACGAGCGAGACUUCAUCCCAGGAAAGACGAUCGUUCAGAACAUUCUACGGUGCAUCGAGCAGAGCCGAAGAUGCGUCUUUGUGCUGUCCUCUCACUUCGUUCAGAGCGAUUGGUGCCAUUACGAGUUGUAUUUCGCCAAUCACCAAAAGGUAACGCGGGGGAUAAACAGCAUCAUCCUGGUUCUUCUGGAACCUUUGCCAUUGUAUCUCAUUCCCUCAAAAUAUUAUCAGCUGAAGGCCAUGAUGUCCAGACGGACCUACCUAGAGUGGCCACAAGAUGGGGCUAAACAAACGCUUUUUUGGGUAAACCUCAGAGCGGCCCUGCAAGCUGACCUUCCCCUGCCACUGGAGAGAGAACAGCAAGCUUUGAUCAGUUAAUUUGAUAAAAAAACUAGAAAUAUUUACAAAUUAACAUAAUGUGACUUAUUUAGAUAUUUCCAGGUUGACUGUAUAGCAGUGGCGGCCGGUGACUUUUUUUUCGAGGGCGCUCAAUGCAAAGAAUGUAUGUAGCCAAUCAUGUGUGUGGUUCGUCAUUUCAAAAUAUGUGUGCGUCGAGUGAUCCUAUGUGCAUCACGUGUUUUGUCAAAAUAAGUGCCUGCUGCACACGCGUCUAAAGGGUUUAUGAUAAGAGAGACGCUCGCGUUUGACUGAUACUCACAUAAUCUCAUGCGUAAUAAGAGUUUAAUGUUAAGGGAGUGUCUUGCGUGUAUUUUGUGAACGUCUCUUUUAUCAUGAACGGUUUUGAUGUGUGUGCAGCAGGCACUUAUUUUGACAAAUCACGUGAUGCAAAUAGGAUCACUCGACACGCAGAAAACAUAUUUUGAAAACACAAGCAACACACAUGACAUUCCGAAGUCCGAACACUUAUUCUGAAAUUGUGCCCCUCGAAUGAGCAGUCCCGAGCCGCCACUGCUGUAUAGGAACCCUGCUUUAUCUUCUUAACUCAUUAUUGGUCUUUGAAGCAAUAGCCAAACAGUUUUAAAUGUAGAAAUUAAAUUUUAAACAGAAAGACAAAUCCACAUAUGUACAAAAUUGCUGUUUUAUUGAUUUAAGUGAUGCCAGCAAAACAUUUUCCAAAAAAAAAACUGCCUAAAAAAGUGUAACUUUACAAUAUUUGUACAUAAUGAAAACCUGUAUGUCAGAAACAAAUGUGUGCUAAUUAAUACCUGAAAUAAAAACACACUUGAGGCAUAAUGUA